AACACCUUACAAAAGGCUGAAAAUGUUUUUUAACACCCCCCAAAAAAAAACUUUUAUUUUAACACCUCCCAAAAAUAUAAAAGUUGGAAGUUAACACCAAAAUCCAUCUUCCGUUAACAGAACUGUUAGUGGGGCCCACCCCAACGGAUAUAUUUUUAAAAGAUCUGUAUAUAAGAACCAUUCUUCCACGAUUCUUGCACGAUAUAUAAGAACCAUUCUUGCACGAUUCUCCCCCAAUGAACGAAAUCGUUGUUCUUAUUGAAUAGCAGCAGCGCAUUGCAUUGUUGCACGAUACUUGAAACAAUUCUUUCACGAUUCUUCCACGAUUUUUGAGAAGAGGAACAGAUUGAAGCUGCUGAAACAGAUUAUGUCGUUUGUUAGCUCUUCCCCUCCUGAGGCCAGAAAAUGUAAGUGUGGUGUGCCAAUGGCCAAGCUCACUAGCUGGACAAGGGAGAAUCCAGGCAGGAAGUUCAUAUCAUGUAAGUUUUAUGACCCAAUAACAGAAACAAGGGGUUGCAAAGCUUUCGAAUGGGUUGAUCAACCUGAUGGAACAGAUUGGCAAACAGGGGUUAUCAACAACCUGUUGUUGGAUAAGAAGCUGCUAAAGGGUGAAGUUAAUGAAUUGAAAAGGGAAGUUGAUGAAAUCAGUGGCCAAAGGAGGUGCCUACUUAAUGAAGUUGAUAAUUUGAAGAUGAGAUGCAAGGCCUUGAACGCUGACAGGAAGAGAAUGAACAGGGAGUGCAAUGAAGGGAAGGUGUCUUCAAUCAGCUGUUUUGGUUGGGUGGGCAUGGCCAUUUGUAUAGGUUUGUCAAUGGGUGUAAUUUUCCUAAUGGCUAGGGGUGUGUAAUAGUAAGCUGUAUUAAGUAGUUAUAAUUUCUUGUAAUGACUUGAAGUGUUAUAAAUAUGUCUUUUAAUCAA